CUAACUUGGACGUCAACCCCACCCACUCUGGGUCGUCUCCUUAAUAUUUAUAAAUACCCAACCCACUCCCCUUCUUUUUUCUACGUUUUUUUCUCUCCCCAUUAGCUAACUUAACCCUAGGCACUGUGUAGAGAGAGAGAGAGUGAGAGAGAGGUUGUUGUGGCUUUUUUUCUUGUUCUUUUUUUGUCGACAGGUUGUGCGGAGGCUUGGCUGCUUCAUUUUUGGGACGACAACAAAGGCUUUCAGCCCAGAGGUUUGGAGUUCGGAGUCUAUAAAGUUUGAACUUAAGAAGUUGAUUUGCAGAAGCAAUGGAGGGAUAUGGCAAAUCCAUGGUAGCGGCACCUGCAAACGUUAUUUAUCUGUCAACUAUACUAGGCCGAGAUGGGGCAAUUCCUGUUCACAAAUGCGACUGGAAAUGUGAAAAUGAACAUGUUUGUGGAAAUAUGUACCGCUGCAAACUAACAGGACUGACUCACAUAUGUGACAAAAACUGUAACCAGAGAAUCCUGUAUGACAACCAUAGCUCCCUUUGCAGAGCAAGCAGGCAAAUUUUCCCUCUUACACCAGCAGAGGAACAGGCUGUGAGAGGUGUCCGAAGGAAGCCUGAGGCAGAGAAUUCCCCCAAUGAUAGCUGUGCUUUUAAGCGAAGACGGGAUGCACAGUUCAAUCCUUCUCCUUUCGAGAGAUCUUUCUCUGCGGUCAGUCCAAUCUGCAGCCAAGUUGGAGAUGGCAUGGAUAUGAGCUAGAUUUAUAAUAUAACUGAAAAGACUACUAUCAUCUUUCUUACUUAUGUCCUUUGAAAUUUUUCCUUAUUUUUCAUGGAACAAUUAUGGAUAAUAGAACCUAAUUUGCGUAGCAUAAUGGUGGGCCUGAUGAGUCCUACCUGUCUGUAGGAACGCUAUAUAUUUCUACUAGUAUGAUUAAUGCAAUUUAGCUCUUUCACUAGUUUCACUAUCAGAUGGGGAUGUUAAACAGGCUCUGUUCACUUGUUAAUGAAGCUUGAGUUGAAAUCUGUUUCUUUCUUUGCUGGUCUGAGCAGAACUAUGAUAGCUAGAGGGUGGUUUCAGGUCUUUUGUAAGACUUGAAUUGUGAUUUGGGUUCAACAUUGCAGUAUUGAUUGUAGCAGUGUACUUAAAUUUGAUCUUUUCAUUUUCCCACGUUUCUAUGAUUAAUUUGUGGUGACUCUGUAACUUUUAGCUAAUUCUAUUGUAGAAAGGCAAAUUAUGUAGUCAUAUGUACAUAUUCAGCUACUUGGUUACCCUUGUUUCAACUUAUUGAUACUAGUAAUUCAUUUUUGUUUAUCCCCCUAUCUCAUGACAUUGGGAUGGAAUUUAUGGAAUUUUUUUAUUAUUGUCUGACAGAAAACUUACUUGGUUAUAUUGCCUUAUUUUGCCCAGCUUUACAGGUUAAAAGGAAUGAUCUGGUUUUAUGCCUGUAUUUCAUUUUCAUCAUUCUUUUUAUCAUAUUUUGCUUUUCACCAGUUUAAAUUUAUAUAUGGACUCCUGAAGUGAUUGUUAUUUUUGCAGGUUUCAAGUGUGCUAUACAGGAGAGUUUAAAAAUGCUUGUUGCUUGAAUGAAUGAAAUCUUAUGUUUUACAAGUAAGAGUGAUAAUAUGAAGUUUCUGACUUAUGAUGAUUAUUCCAUUGUCAUGUAGGUAAUUCUGCUGUUUUUCCUGAUGGAGACAAAGAUGCACCGGGUAAUGCUGAUGAACUGAAGAAAUGGUAUCAUUCCUGGCUGUUUCAAGCAUUGGGGUUGUUUGAGGGAGUAUACUAUAGAAACCUGGUCAGUUCAGUCUAAUGAACUUACGGCCAACUUUAUAUUUGCUGAUGACACACAUAGCAAUAUGGAAGAAUGCCCACUGCUGAGUAACUUCCUCAGUCCCCUCCUUAUACGUCUCUCUUCAUACAUCCAUGUUGAGAAAGUGGACUCACUGAAGACCUUUUGCUUGGCUAUUCAUGGACUUGUCUAUCUGUGAUAUUCCUCUUUCUUGGUUUGAUGGUGAAAGUGUUUAUGCCGGAGUCUGGAUAGGCUGACUGAUGCUGGCCAUACUUUUUGGUGAUUCUGAGAAGCUGCCUGCAGCCUUCUUCUUCUCUUUGGACUACUUGGGAGCAAGGAUAUAUUUUUGUCAUUACCUUAAGCCAAUUGUGGGCAUUGGUAUGACUGGUGCUCCAUCCAAGGGGUGUGAAGUAGCUCGCUUAAGCCAUAUGUGCUUCAUCCUCCUGGUUGGCCACCUCUAUUGUGGUUAGCAGCCCUCUGCUCAGAAUUUGUGGUUGAUAGAUUUGCUGGGUAGGAGAAAUCAUUCAUGGCUGGGUUUUCUUUAAGUUAUUGGGAUUUAGCUGGCAAAGGACCUUCUUUUUAGCCGAAUCGCGGAAGAGUAAGCAAUUGUUAAUGGUAGUUUUUACUCCAACAUUGUGAACCAGGCUAAGACCAUUUUGGAAUCCAUCCCUACAGCGAUAUCCACCCUGGUAUUUAGUCACAUGGCUAUUUCUGGUCAAGCCCUAGUAAAUCUACAGUCUACUGGUUAAGAAGCCAAUUGUGAACCAUUUUGUGCAAAGGAGCUUCCUCUGCUCAUUGUUAAUUUAUUAGGAAACAAGCAGUGUGGUUUUCCAAGGACAGUAUGGGAUCCAUUCUAUUUGAUAUUGUACCAUUGAGGCUUCCUCUGCUCAUUGUUAAUUUAUUAGGAAACACAAUGAUUUGUAACUCUUUACGUUUUGGAUUCAAUAAGGUAUAUUUGUCUCCCCUUGGUGGGUGGAUUCAA